CCACCAAUCAUGUCCCUCCUCUGUCCCACCACAGGGGGAGAAACCAUCAGGUACCUGUAUGCUGCAAGCAGCUGCAGCUUCCUCAUCAACUGCGGGCCUGGCCCACUCGCCCACCGUGCUCAACACCCCAGUGCCCAUGAACCUCUUCUCUACCUGGGAGGUGGACUGCUCCAGCCCCAGCUGCAUGCUCAGGCUGUGCAGCCUGACUUUAAAGAAGCUGGUGAUCUUGAAGGAGCUGGAGAAAGAACCGGAGAAGGAGCCCAUCGCCAUGGUGAUAGCAGUGCAGAUGCAGGGCUCCAAGGGCAUCUUGAGAUCCCAUGAAAUUGUGCUGCCCACCACUGGACAAGUGGAGACCGACCUGGCGCUGACCUUCUCCCUGCAGUACCCACACUUCCUAAAGGGAGAAGGCAACAAGCUCCAGAUCAUGCUGCAGCAGAGGAAGUGCAAUAACAACCAGGUUAUCCUGGGCUACAAAACACUGGCCACAGGUGCCAUCCACAUGGCUGAGGUGAUGCAGCGACCCCCCGAGGGUGGCCAGGUGCUGAGCCUCAGCAGCAGCAUCCAGGAGUCCUCCAUCAGGGUGGCUGAGAUCUGGAUUUCCUUCCUGUCCAGUCAGCCCAUCAACUACAAGGACGACACCAUGCAGGCCAGCCCCAAGGCCAAGCCCACAAAUAAGUACACCGAAGGGAAAUCUGAAAGCUUCUCUGAGCUGGAGGCCAGCUGCAAUGCGACACCCAGGCAGGACAUGGAAGAAGAUGACUUUGACCUGAGUCAGUCCAAAAAGCAGCAGCGAUGCAUGCAACGAAACUUGAAGCAGAAAGUCAUGGUGCUGCUUCCCAGGUCCAAAAUGUCAGAAGAGGUCCUAGACUCAGAUCAGGACCCUGCAGAGCAUGUCCCCGAGGGGGAAGAGAACCUGGAUCUUCUGUAUGACAACCUUGAGAAUCCAAGCAACAGUGACGCAGACAUGGAUGAUGAUGGCAUCAUCCUUAGCAACACCAAGACCAAGACCAGACAAUACUUUGAAGGCCUGGCACACGAUAGCUGUCAGGUGGAGAUGAGGAGCAUAUACAGUGCCCGGUGGCAGAAGGAGUCUCCUCGGCUGACCAACAUGCCCUUGAAGGCCCAGAGCCUGGGCAGAAAGCAGUUCAGUGGCAGUGUCUCUGACUUGAUGGCCUACAGCACCCCUGCCACCAAGGUGGACAAUACCUGUGUCUUCUCCCUAUCGAGCCAGCCUGUCGACCACCUGGACAGAGUCAUGCGGUCUAGCACCAAGGCAGAUAACUUCUCUGAAGGAGACUCUGAGAUUGUCUUCUCUGAGCUGGAGAUCAGCUACAAUGCUGCUCACAGGCAUAGCCUAGACAAGAAGCCAAUAAGAAGAAGGAGGCUCAUGACCAGGCAACAGAAAUAUCAGCAGAAAGUCGAAGCGUGGCUGCACAGGUACCAAAUGAUGGAGGAAGUCCUGGACUCAAAGCAGGAGCCUGAGGUGCAAUUCCCUGAUGUGGACAAGGAUGUGGCUGAUCUGUUUUACAGGCUGGUGAACCCCAGCGAGAGUAGCUCAGAUAAGGAGGAUGAUGACCGUCUCCUAACCCCUCCCAUGCCUGAGCUUAUGACAUACUCUGAAAGCCUGUCAAGUGGCCCAGAUAUGGAGGAGGAUGACGGAGUCCUAGGUACCCCCAAGCACAGACCCAAACUCAGGUCAUACUGUGAAAGUCUGUCAAGUGACAGCGGCUCUGACUGGGUGGCCCACAGCAUGCCCAACCCUGGGGAACAGCCGGCACAGCCUGAGGACAGCCCGGAGGCAGAGACCUCUGCCCAGGACAAGCUCACUAAGAAGCUGCCACCCAGCAGGCGCACCACCAAGACUGAGUCUCUGGUCCUCCCCUCCAGCAGCUCCAAGGGGAAGCAGCCUGCCUGCCGGGGCCGGAGCAGGUCCCUGAAUGAGUCGUCCAACAGCCUGAUCGAGGAGAGCUGCCCAGUCCCACAGAGCCACCUGCAGAUCCCCAGGAAGACUGUGUGUGAUCAACUGAACAACAUCCUCAUCUCCAAUGACUGUCUGCCCAGGAACAUCAUCCUCAUCAGCACCUCUGACAGGCAGGGGCAGUACCUGUCGGACGUUCUGCAGCAGCACAUGCUGCCCAUCGUACACACCUGCUCCAUGGUGGAUGUCCAGGAGGCCUUCAGCUUCAUCAUCUCCUGGAUACAAAGAUACUGCGACUGCAAUACCCAGGCCCCGAUGCCAGCGAAGAUCGCAGUGGUGGGGGCUCAGCACUACUUCAGCACCGUGUUGCGGGUCUUUGUGGAGCAGCUGACCCACAAGAACCCUGACUGGCUGGGCUACAUGCGCUUCCUGGUCAUCCCGCUGGGUCCCCACCCUGUGUCCAGCUACCUGGGCUCUGUGGAUCACCGCUACAACAACCUCUUCCAGGACCUGGCCUGGCAGGACAUGUGCAACCAUCUGGAGGCCCAGAGAUCUGUGCAGAACAUUGUGGCGAGAAUCACAGAGUACAUCAGAGGGGCCAACUGUGUCCACCAGCUGCCCAUCGCAGAGGCCAUGCUCAUCUCUAAGCCGAAGAGCCCGGGCAAGUUGUCCCCACAGAAGUUCAUUCCCUUUGUGGGGGCAGUGAAAGUUGAAAUAGUGGAACCAAUUUCAGCCACGUCAGGAGACACAGAUGAUGCGGUCCCCUCAUGCUCCUACAUGCUUAGGUCCCCUGCCAGGGAGGCCUCACACAACUCAACCUUCUCCUCAUCAGUGAGUGGAGACCUGCCUUCCUCCAUUCAGGGUGUCAGUGCUGAGCUGAUGGAGCUACAGGUGGAUUAUUGGAUGGCAGCCCAGCCCACAAAUAGGAAGAGAAAUGGGAAGAAGGAAGAUCUGCCUACCACCAAAAACACACUCCAGUGUACCUUCCGGUCUCUCCAGGUCAGCAGGCUGCCCAGCAGUAGCGAGGAUGCAGGCACACCCGCAAUGUCCAUGGCUGUGGUCACCAAGAAGAAGAAAAGGAAGGUGAUAUCUUUGCCAAAAAAAGACAAGGGCAAGGACUUGGAGUCCAAAAGCCAGUGCAUCCAGGGCAUUGGCCGCUUGCUCUGCUCAGCUAAGAAUCAGGAGAACAGGCAGCGGGUCCUCAUUGAUGGCGUGGAGUGGGACGACGUGAAGUUCUUCCAGCUGGCAGCCCAGUGGUCCUCCCACGUCAAGCACCUCCCCAUCGGCAUCUUUGGACACUCCAAUUCCACCUUCUAGCCCUGCCCCUCCCCCCGCCCUUCACUCUUCCUGGGCAAAGCCCAGUAGGGCCCAGCUGCUUUUCUCUUAACAGUUCAGUUUACUACAGACACAGACGCUGAAAAUCAGAGAAACUGUUUUAAGUUAUAAUGUAAUCACAGCCUGGGUUGCCCCCACUGGGACCCCCAAAUGCUCUGAUAAUAACAAGAACAUCC